CUGGAAAAUGUAUCUUGACCUGGCAACCCUGCUCUUAGAGAGAAGGGGGAUAUCUGUCAGAAGUGAAACAUAGCAUUUUGUAUUUCAGAUCUGCUUCCCCAUUUCCUCACCACUGACAAUUUCCCUGUUUACACAUCCUGGUUUCCAUUCAUCUGUGAUCAUUAUUCAUAACCUCAAUAUUGAACCAACAUGGCCAUGUUCUACUUCUGACAUACAUCCUCCCUCUUUCCUUGAAGCAAGCACAGAAUUACAAGAAUGGGGUAUAUGCAGGUAGAGGAGCACACCACCAACAUGUUACACCUGAAGAGGUCGCCUGGCAUACGCUCCUGGUCGCUGCUCAUAGGUAUUGCGUCCAUUGGCCUGGCUGCUGCAUACUACAGCUCAGACAGUAUCCUGUGGAAGCUUUUCUACGUGACGGGCUGUCUGUUCGUGGCCAUGCAGAACAUGGAGGAGUGGGAGGAGGCAGUGUUUGAUAAAACCAAGAAAGUGAUAGAGCUGAAGACCUUCAGUCUGUAUGCCCUGAUUCUCACCAUGUGUAGGAGAGGCCAGGAGAAAGUGGUGAUGGACAUGAGGCACCUGCGUGAUGUGUGUGUUCAGGAGGAGAAGGUGCGCUACCUAGGGAAGGGCUACCUGCUGGUGCUGCGACUGGCCACAGGUUCCUCCUACCCCCUCACACAGAGCGCCACCAUGGGGGGACGCAGUGAUGUGGAGGCAGUGGCUUCGUUGCUCAAGCGUUUCCUGGGUCUGGAGGAGCUCCAGUGUCGCUGGGAGCAGGAGGAAGAGGCAGUCAGGGAGGAAGAUGAACUGAACCCCAGCACUGACUCCGAAGAAGAGGGGGACUCAGUGCAGUAGAAGGAGAAGAGAUGAGGAGAAGCCACAGCAGACUUGAAAUGCACCCAAAUACACUGCUCAAAAAAAAUAAAGGGAACACUUAAACAACACAAUGUAACUCCAAGUCAAUCACACUUCUGUGAAAUCAAACUGUCCACUUAGGAAGCAACACUGAUUGACAAU